AUGAGUGACAUUCAUAUGACAGCGAAAUGGGCGAAUCGAAUGCUACGACCUUUGACUUCGCUUUAUCAUCGUCUUGGCAAGCAUUGCGAAUCUAUUAACGAGCAAGAAGAAGAGAUCAAUAGAAUUAUUACUGCGGCUACAAUUACCGAGUCCUCCAAGCCAGACAUCUCCGGUGACGCUGAGCAUGAUUCCGAAUAUGGCGACAGGGACCCGUCCUGGAUCCCACGAAAACCCGAGUCGAAGCGCGUCAAACACAAAUAUGUGGCUAGGGGCCAACGGCUUCGAUUUCAGCCGCGAGUUCGGUCGGUGCUACAGAGUCCGGAGACAACCAAGACUUUACCUGGAGCGAUUGAGGUUGCGACCCCGUUGAUUACAGGGAAAUUAGCGAACGUGGCCGCUCCGAACAACAGAGGAUCGGAAUCUGGCAGUCAGCAGGAUGAGAAAAGCUCAGAGAAGCCCACUCACUCUGUAUUACCAGAGGGAAUGGCGGAAAAGAUUGUGCGCAGGCCGAAAAAAUAUCGGCCUUCACACCCAGAUCCUCAAUGGAGGAGGUCACUGAAUGCUACAAACGAUAUAAAAUACUUCGACAUUGUGGUAUCCUUGGACUCUUUGUUUGUGAAAUUCUUGGAAAAAACACGAGUACCGAACUCUGGCUCUAAGGCUUCUCCCAAAGGCACUCGAUCAUUGCUAAUGACAGUAAUUCGACGGUUACCCGAUUUUAUUGCUAAGGAACAACAAAUACAAGAUGAACUUGACAAUACUGACGAAAUUGAUAUGGCGGAUGCAUACUUUACAGAACUGGAGUCGGCAUAUGGCUCUGAGGGAAAAGGAUGGCAACCUCUCCGUGAAGCAGUUCGCUCGCAAGGGAUAUUCUUGAUCUGCGAUAUGGUACAAAAGAACUGGAUCAAUCAAUUGACGACAUGCUAUCUUAUCUGCGAAUGUAUAAAGGUCAAAGAAUACGACGCGGUCGAGAGGAUACUAAGUACACUGCUUGCAAAACUGGAUCCUUACAACUAUCCCAUCGCUUUCAAUCCGUGGAGACCAGGCACGCCUGGGCGCGAUCCUAUCCGGCUUCUACAAAGAUACUGGGAGCUGUCUGGGAACAACUCUUUUGCAUUUAGGGAAAUAGAGCUGUUGUUGCUGCGGAAUAUCCUGCCUCCGCAAUGGUUGGUUACUAUUACUUUGAAAGACUGCGUCGUUGCUGCUUGCAUGUCGCAAUCCAAAUGGGAUGAUGAAUACGCCGCUGCUCUUAACAUGAUGAAAGUGAUUAUGAUAACAGCAGCUGAUGCUCACAGAGGUCGAAAGGUUGUGAAACCUCAAAAGAAGAAGCGCUCGAAGAUAACAAAGCGCCGGCAGAGUCGAGAGUCCUCGAACUCCCAAGCUGGCGACCCAAACUCGGAUCCAAAUCGAUGUCCCGUGCACCUCCAAGAUGCGACCAGCAAUCUAGUCUCUAGUUUAAAUGUUGCGCUGUGCUGCAUGUACGGUGUACGUAUGGGGCAAAUGGAUGGUCCGGACUUUGUCUCUGGAGCAAGGAUAGUGAAGGCGUAUACGGAAUUGGCUUUGAUAAUUCAACGUUCCUUGCCACUCAGUCGUUCGGAGGUGGAAGAUAAUGAGGAAGAUCGAGCGUUUCUACUGAGAAAAGGCUACAUUCUCCUUGCCCAUUACCUGUUGAAAUGUCAGCAAGACCUCCUGCCGUUAGACGACACGGAUGUGGAAACUCUGGAUAUUGUUUUGAGCCCAGAUUGUGAGCUCUUCUUUGAGCUCGUGGAGCAGAAUGCGGGUAUCGUUAAGAACCUUGCAGCCAUGGUUUGCCAGAUCAUUCGACUCUCCGAACGCGGCGAACAUGCACAAUGCCGACAGGCACGAAGGCUUUGUAGACAUCUGCUAACGUUUGAGCGAUUCGGUCUGGACAAUCUGAUGUUAUUUCUCGGAAAAAUAGCUAUCGAAGUGGCUUUGGAUUUUGCGCAAUACAGUCAAGAUGCCGAAGAUCAUACUUUCGCAGCUGACAUCCAAGAAGCGAUUGCGGCCCUUCGGAUACGCCUCAAAAGCAAAGGUAGCAGCGCUCCUACACCUGAAAAAUCCAGCAUGCAAUCCUUCAGAUGGGAAGAAGGUAUUGGCGAGUGGAUUGCAAAGACUCCCUUGGACAGGAUCAAAACUACAUUACCUCGAGCCCUUUCUCGACCAGUGGUUGAGAUACCUAUGGUUGGAUCGCCUUCUAGCGUCAGUACGAGCUCACCUUCAUCAUGUGUCAAAUCAGAGUCCAGCAAGACUUCGGUAGCAUCCCCUAACCCAGCCGGUAUCAAGAGGAGGAACAGUUCUGUCAACAGCCCUCUACGAAACUCCAAGCGGCCCCGACGGAAAUACCAGAGACGAAGCUACGAGAAGGCUAGACAAUCUACGUGGAUAACGACCAGACUCAGCGAUGUCUCAGUAGUGAUUCAGGCGGGAGAACAGGAUGACUCGGGCAGCGUUGAUGACUCCGAGAUUAUAUCCGAGAGUGAAGAAUGGUCGCAACAGAACAGAGCGGAAAAGAUACCCACCGAUGUCCAAAGCAUUGCAGCCGGUGCAGACUUCCAGGGCAGUGUUGCAAAUAGACAGGGGCAACGGAAUCGGGUGGAUUUCGACGUGGUCAUCAAUGCCGGCGUCACGGCGCCCGUUGCGCCACCAAAACGUGGACGUGGACGGCCUCGCAAGCACCCAAUUGAGCAAGUUUCAUCUUCUUCGCAGGCAACGAACCAUCAACAACGUGAAUACCUGUCACAUAGACGUUUGCUCAUUCCUUGUUCUGAAGACGAAGACAGUGACGACGAGUUGAGUUUUCUGUAA